AGUUAAAUGGUAAUUAAAUAUUUGGUAAUUUAAUAUUAAAAAAUUAUAGUAGAGUUAUAAAGAUUAAAUAUAAAAAUUAUAAAGAUUGAUAAAAGACUGAUUAGAUUCUCACAUAUUGGAGAACGUACGUAAUCAGUAGAACUUGUCACUUUUAUUACGUGUAUAUAUCAGUUCGCAGCUUUAAUGCGAUGAGUAUGUACUUUUAUUGCUGUUUAAAUGUACACAAAGUAUAUUACAAAUGUGUUAACUUCAUGGUGGGGGAUGUUUUGUGCAGUGAAUUAAGUAGAUCACUUUGUCAUUCGAUUUUAAUAUUAUUCACUGUUACGUGAUGUCCGCGAAGGAGGUAUCAACAGUAGAACUGCGGCAAGAAAAAACAUGGGUAGCGUGCGUAGGCGACUUUGCUAUUUUGAAGAAAUUCUUUGCGCAGAAGGAAGCACCAAUUUGGUACAUGGUGCAAUUAUUUGACGCCUUGCUGCGCGGAUUCGGACACACUGUUUUUGCGAAUAAUCCCCUCAGCGGACUACUGAUAAUAGUUACCUUGGCUGCAGUAGCGCCAGGUACAUUGGCGUUGUCCGCAGCCACCGCCGUCCUUGGCCUCCUAGUGUCCGUGGUCAUACAAGAACCUGAGGAUAUUGUAGAAAACGGAUUAAGCGUGUACAAUCCCGUGCUGGUCGGCGCGAUAUCAUAUGUUCUGAUACCGCGGAUUUACGGAGCCUUCGAUGCCUUCAGCUUCCUGCUUGUAUUCCUCGCGACGAUACUCAGUGUUUAUCUCGCGCGGUCUCUGAGAAGCGAUAAAUUCGCAUGCACAGCGUGGCCGUUUAACUUGGUGGAAUUUGCGUUGAUUUUCGCCCUUUCGACGCAGAAUGGAGCGGAGGUGUUGACUAAAUCUAUGGAACCGAUGUAUGAAAUGCACAAUGCAACAAGUGAGACAACGAUGACGACGACGACGGCGACGACGACAAUGAACGACGCCGGUUUCUACCCGGAGACUGCUACCAACGUUUAUAUCGACUGGGGAAUGAUACUACGAGGUAGCGUUGUUUCCGCAUCACAGCUGUUUGGCAUCGAUAAUGUGAUCGUUGGAGCUGUCAUGUACCUAGCAAUGUUAAUAUAUUCGCCGGCGUCAACCGCGUUUUCCUUUUUUGGAGCUCUCUGUGGAACUUUUGCAGGUUUGGAGCUCGGAGCAGACUAUCAUAAAGUCUACAGCGGAUUCUGGGGAUACAAUAGUCUCUUGACCGGGGCUGCUUUAGGAGGAAAUCUGUUGGUGCUGAACGGUCAGACGGCCGCUGCCACCGUCAUGGCGAUUAUUUUUACCUCACUUUUGCAAUAUUCCAUAGAAUCGAUAUUUAUAAAAGCGCGAUUACCAAUAUUGGCACUACCGUUCGUAAUAGCAACUUCGUUGUUUUUAAAAUUGAGUAACGGCAAGGGAGAUCUAACGUUUCCGUGGCCCGUAUCGCCAAUCUCCUUUCCUGAGAAACAGCGUCACGAUUACCUCGUCCGUCGUGCGGCACUUAAAGAGGAGGAUACUUUGUGUGUGGAAGAACUUGAGCUCGUCAUUCAGAAUGAGAAGGGGCCGACCCAGCCGGAUAAUUAAUGGUGUGCCCCUGAGUGAUAUGCGUAAUUACAAUUUAGUAUUAUAUGGUAAGCAGCAAUUUUCAACGUUUGUCAUAUCGUCUUAAUCAUUCAGAAUAAAAAAAUCUCUUAUUAUUUUUAAAUAUUUAUACAAAUGUAUAUUUAUACUUAACUAGCAAUUUUAUUAUUUACCUUGAGUAAACUAGUCAUAUAUUUCUGAUAAUGACCUUUGACUGAUAUGAUGCCAAUUCAAUAAUCGCGCUCAUCAUUUAUAUCUUCUUAAAAAGGAAAAGGAAUGUUUUCCGCCGAUUCUUUCGCGCGGAACAGAUAGAAUUAUUCUUGCGAUGUCUACAAACAUAUGUGCGAAAGGUAUGUUUUUUACGCAUCAGUGAAUGUUAAUGCUAAUCAGAGUUAUAUAAGCAUAUUAAAUAGAGAUAGAAAGAUAUAGAGAACUAAGUAUAACUAUUUUAUUGUAUCUUGGUAUCAUACUUUAUGUACAAGCAACAAAGAUAAAUUUCUCCAUUUACAACAA